CAGCGCACGAAUGCAACAGAGCAGUGGAGGAGAGGAGAGAGAGACAAGGAGGACUAGGCGUUACGGUCGCUCCUUCACAAGCUGCAUGCGAGAUGCCAGGACUGAUGCAGAGAGAUUGCUGUUUCUUUCCUUUUUCUUUCUUUCAUCAGCUUUCUGUCAAAUUGAACUCUUCCUCCUCUCAUCUGUCUCAGAGGUGGAUGAAGGAAUGUCCAUACGUGGAGUCCAGGUGGCUGUGGUUUUGAGAUCUCCGUUUGAAAAUCUUCUCAGCCUCUUGUGAGAUUGAGUAGCCACUUGAAGCCUGAAGAAAGGAAAGAACAAUAAGGGCAAGAGUCUUGAAAUUGCAUAAAAAGGGAGGGAGAAGGCCUUCAAACGGAAGAAUGGAUGCAGUAGAGGACAAAUAGUUUUCUUGAUAACUUCAGAAAAGCCUCAUCACAGACUAAUACAAAUUUAAAACGGUACAGCACAGCAACAAAGCAGUAUUCUCCGGCAGAGCCUGCAAGAAAUGGACAAGAGGGUUAACCAUUUAAAUGGCUGAACUGAUUCUUUGAACAGCCACAUUCUGCAAACUAAAGACUUGAGCCGAUUAAUUUUUAAUGGGUCAUUUCAGAAUCUUCUUUGAUAUAUGGAGAACCUGAGAUUCAAAUGGCUUUGACACUUUGACAACCUCACUUAUUUGUAGCAGAUAAUGAAAACAUUUGCCUACUUCAAUUUACCUCACAGGAUUCCUUCCUAGCGUAUUAGAUGUGCAGACAAAUCCAGGAACUAGUCUGAGAUCCUCAGCUCGGAUGAUUAGGUUGGAAAGACUCUUUCUGGUCCAAAAAGGUUCAGAAAAACUUCUCAGGACUGACAGGCAUUCCCCCAUACUGGUGUUUUUGAUUCGUUAACAACGUUUAGCCACCAAAUUAAACAUGGCUGCUGGAGUGGCAACAUGGCUACCGUUUGCCAGGGCAGCGGCCGUUGGCUGGCUUCCUCUGGCCAAGAAAAUCAUGCCCAAACCACCUGUGGACAAAAAAAGCCGCAACGACGAGAUCCUGUACGUAAACGUGAGCGGGCUCCGCUUCCAGACAUGGAAGAACACGCUGGACCGCUAUCCCGACACUCUGCUGGGCAGCUCGGAAAAGGAGUUUUUCUACAACGAGGACACUCAGGAGUAUUUCUUCGACAGGGACCCGGAAAUGUUCCGGCACAUUUUGAACUUCUACCGCACCGGCAAGCUUCACUACCCGAGGCAGGAGUGCGUUCAGGCCUUCGAUGAGGAGCUGGCGUUUUACGGCAUCGUGCCAGAUAUUAUCGGUGACUGCUGCAUGGAAGAGUACAGGGAUCGCAAGAAAGAGAACCAGGAACGUUUGGCCGAGGACACGGAGGCCGAGAUGGGGACGGACACCCCUUUGCCACCAAACAGCACACAUCGGGAACGUUUGUGGCGUGCCUUUGAAAACCCCCACACGAGCACCAUGGCUCUCGUUUUCUACUAUGUCACUGGCUUCUUCAUUGCCGUCUCGGUUAUAGCAAACGUGGUGGAAACUGUCCCCUGCCGACCCCUCAAAGGCAGCAAGAAAGACUUGCCAUGUGGCGAGAAGUACUCGCUGGCGUUUUUCUGCAUGGACACGGCCUGCGUCCUCAUCUUUACGUUCGAGUACCUCAUGAGGCUUUUCGCCGCGCCCAGCCGCUGCAAGUUCAUGCGCUCGGUCAUGAGUGUAAUCGACGUUGUUGCCAUCAUGCCAUACUACAUCGGCCUGGUCAUGCCUGAGAAUGAGGACGUGAGCGGAGCGUUCGUCACGUUAAGAGUGUUCCGCGUCUUCCGGAUCUUCAAGUUCUCGCGUCAUUCUCAGGGCCUGCGGAUCCUGGGUUAUACUCUGAAGAGCUGUGCUUCCGAGUUGGGCUUCCUCCUGUUUUCCCUCACCAUGGCCAUCAUCAUAUUUGCCACCGUCAUGUUUUACGCGGAGAAAGGCACUAAGGGAACCAAUUUCACCAGCAUCCCAGCCUCCUUCUGGUACACCAUAGUCACCAUGACAACACUUGGGUAUGGAGACAUGGUUCCAAACACCAUCGCCGGAAAGAUCUUCGGCUCUAUCUGCUCUCUCAGUGGCGUGCUGGUUAUCGCCCUUCCUGUACCUGUCAUCGUGUCCAACUUCAGCCGAAUCUACCAUCAGAACCAAAGAGCUGACAAGAUGCGAGCCCAGCAGAAAGUCCGUCUUGCCAGGAUUCGCUUGGCCAAGAAGGGAACCACCAACGCCUUCCUACAAUACAAAGAUGAAGGAGGAUUUCAUGAUCGGGACAGUGACAACGCUUUGUGUCUGAAGAACAAAUCUUCCUUUGAGCACCAACACCAUCACCUGCUGCAUUGUCUGGAAAAGACAACAAAUCACGAGUUCACAGACGAGCUGACGUUCAGUGAGAUGUGUAUGACUGAGUCAAUGGGUUAUCGCACCAGUCGCAGCACUUCCAUCUCCAGCCAGCAGGGGAUGUCGACAUCCUGCUGCCCCCGCAGGGCCAAGAGAAGAGCCAUCCGCCUCGCCAACUCCACCGUAUCCGUCAGCCGGGGCAGCGUCCAGGAGCUGGACACUCUGCAAGUGCACAAAUCCUCUUCUGGACUCCAAAGCCGCUCCAGUCUCAACGCCCGGACUGAAGACCUGAAGCUAAACUGUGAAGAUAGGGAUUUCACCGCGGCUAUAAUCAGUAUACCCACCCCACCCGCCAACACCCCUGACGAGAGUCUGCCGCCCUCUCCUGCCUUUCCCGGAAUCCUACGCAACUCUCGCACUAAUUUCUACACCCAUGAGACGGUGAAGAUUUCUUCCUUAUAACCACCACAAGCACACAAGCAUCCCCAAAUUGCACAACAGAAAGAAAGAGAUGGGGGCUUCUCCCAGGAAAGAUCGCAAAUGCCACAGAAAAGACAAAGUGCAUCUUGUAACGAAUCUGCUUCAUUCCAAAAUCCACAAUUCGACGUGGACUCGCAUGAGCUGACGUGUUUUUGUGACCCCGGACAGUUCACACAGAAACUGAUCUUCCGAGCUUGGGGGAGACUGAAAAGAUGAACUCAAUAGCAUUUUAUGAUAAAUCAGCAGUUAUAGUGGCACAGAAGGCCUUUUACUUUUAAGAUAUGCAAUGUUUCAACAACCAGGAAUUAUGCCUAUACGUCCACUGCGUAAUACAGUUGCAGGAAAUAUUACAAAUGUGGAAAUUAUCAUAAAGUACAUCGAUAUAUUGAACCCGUAGAUCUUUGCAGGGAAAAAUACAAUUACAGAAACAAUGGCCGUUAUAAAGGAGGUGGUGUAUAUGUAUCAAUAUUUGUAUCAUACGUCUUUAGCUCACAUGCAUCUUCAAAACCCCACCAAAAAGACAAGAUUUCUGACCCAAACAUGCAUGAUGUUGUAUAGUAGAUACCAUGGCAGAGAAUGGAGCCGCCAACAUGCUACUCUCACAUACUUUUGCAUGGUACUUCUUUUACCUCCGCUUCGUUUGUCCUGUUUUCUUUCUUGACAUUGAUGAAAAAAGAUGAUAUUUACUGAGUAUUAAUGAUCAAACGUGCUGCACCAGACGUGCACAUAAAAAAAUUAUUAAAUAAAAACAUUCAGGCAUGUUCUUUGCAAAAGUCUGAGGUCGGACUAGUGCGGCGAUGUGUGUGUGUGAUGGGUGACUGGGAAUGACUUGUGUUAUUUGAUCACAGAUAUGCAUGGAUACCGUUGUAGGUAUUUUUAUGUGCUUUCUCCCAUGGGAAAAUGAAAGGUUUCUAUAGCAUUUUAAAGCAAAUGGAGGGCGUUUACCACUGUCAUUGAGUUUUACUGCGGUAAUUAGAGUCACUUCAACUUAUUUUUCAUUUGGCUUAGUAAUUAAGUGUAACCUUUAAAUCCUAGCUAUUUUUAUACAAUAUAGCUUAUGCAUCGAACACAGCUAUGUAAGGGUCCAGUGAACCACUUCUCUAAUAUGAUUUAAAGCUCAUCUGUUAAAUAUCAUAAGCAACAAUGAGACAGGCAAUAAUAGUGUAAUUAUUUUUUACUACAGAACAGAAGUGAAAGAUACAAUUAUAUAUGGAAAUGAGUACAAAAAAGGAGGAAUGCGAAUGUGCACUUGAUUGUGCUGAAAAAUAUAUUUGUUACUGUUUACAAGCAUUGUUCCUAAGUUAUUUUUACGUUCGUUUUGGUUCUCUCUCUCUCUCUCUCUCUCUCUCUCUCUCUCUCUCUCUCUAGUAGUGUGAAGUGGUAAAUGUAGUAGUUGGUCAGGUACCUGCUCAUUUUAAGGAGGGGUUGUUGGAUGAAACGGUUCCCUGUAGGAGAUUAAAGAGUUAAAUAUCAAAAGCACAGAGGUGUAAAGUCUAUUCCACAAAUAAAGUGAACAGAACUCAGAAAACAUGGUGUCUGUCGGCUCUCUAUCACACCUAAAGAUAUGAUUCAGUUCUUUUGUUUGAUAUGUGUCAUCAUUUAAUAUCAACAGUGGCCCCAAAAAUGUCUGAAUGUCAUCCGUAUAUGGUCUUUUCAUCAAAUGUGCUGACACCAUCUGAUAUUUUAUAGUGCUAAUCUUUAAAAGUAACUGUUUUCUUGUUUUCUCCCGAGGGAGCACUGUGUAAUUGGCUAUCAAUUUGCAUAAUGUUAGAAAUUGCUAUUAAAUCAUAAGAAUUUUGCAGAGCGUAAUUACCCAGACUGCAGCCGAUGAUUUACUGUUGAGUCAACAUGAAAUGGCCAUUUAACUUCUAAAAUAUGACAUUUCAGAGAGGAACAGAAUAUUCCAGUGCUAAAAAUAAGCAGGGUGAGGCUUGAUUCUAUCUUCUGUUGACUUUAGAGUUGCGAUAAAAUGUAAGUAUCAAAAGAUCUUUUCUUCUGUAUUGCGUUGUACAUCUGAUUAUUAGUGGAAAAGAAAAAUGAAGGUUGGGGAUUUACUUCUUUGCAUCUGUUGUGGAUUUUGAGAUGUAGGCGUUGCACUCAAAAAUAGAGGCAGAUGAACAGGACCUUACAGGUGCUGGAUUUAAACUGACCAAAUGAUUGAGGCCCCCCACCACCCCAUAAUGGACCCUUUUCACAGGCUGUGAUAAUGCGUUUCAACAGUCAUCAUCAUUGUUAAUUGUGCAAAGUUUUUUUUACAUUUUUUUUAUUUAAGUAUUAUACAUAAACAUUAUACUUUAGUAUUAUAUUGCCUUUGCAUCAAAUUAACAAAAAACAAGCAAAAAAAAAAAUUCUUGUUUCUUUGACAAUUUCUAUGACAAUUUCUGAUUCUGAAAAACCUGGAAAUGUGAAAGGGGUCCAUUAGACAUGGCAAAAUCAUCCCUCCCAAUAUUUGAAAUUCUUGCACCGCUCUGCUGAACCCCAUCAUUCACCGUGGCUCUGUUUGUUGUUAGGGAGAUAAAAAGGUUUAAGGGUUACAUUUUUAAGCUGGUCUGCUUCAGCAGUCUAAUGCAGUGUUCAAGAUGAGGUUGGAAGAGUGAACAUCCGAAUUGAAAUGUUGAUCUAUUCUGACAUACAUUUCUAAUGAGGCAUCUCAUUAGAAAUUGAAUGUCUGGAGAAAGUGUGUCUGCCACAUGUCUCAAGCUUUUUCUUCUUCUUUUUUUUUUUUUUUCACUAUAAUGUGUUUUAAGUUGGCAUUCUGCAUAUCAUAAUGUUAGUUUGGUCUAUUUUUUUGGAUUGAUGUGAUGUGGCAAAGGCUGAGUUCACUGGGACCGCAUAAGCAGGCCAACUUUGGAAGGCUUUAAUUUGUCUGAGAUGUAUAUGUGUGUGUUUACGUUCAAGGUUUCUGUUCUUCAAGUAUGUCAUGCUCUCUCCAUAUUUGCAAAUAAAACUUCAACA